GAUUCAUUUUUUUCAAACCCCAAUCGCCCCCCUUCGCCUGAAAAUCGGACCUCUCCUCUUCUCCUUCGGUUUUCCAGCCCUAACUUCCUCUCCCGACAUCCAAAUCACAAACCGCGAGCGCCCCCACGCUCCUGGCGUCGAGGAGCACUUUCCCCAAAGUUUUGGGCUGGUUUGGCCGAGGUUGAGUCGCCGGCGGUGAGUUUUCCGGCGAGUCUCCGGUGUGUUUUCCGACGACUUUGGGUGCUUCUUUCCACUUUCUUCACCUCUCUCGUGGUCUCUUCUUGCGUCUCCAGGUGUGUUCUCCUUGUCUUUUCCUAUAUUUAUGGAGAAUCGAUACCUAGAGUUAGGUGAAGAACUUUUGAUUGUGGAAUGCAUGGUUUGGGAAUAUUUCGGGUUUGGCGAAUGAUUGGGCUGAUUGCAUGUUGAAUGGCCUGCGUGAUAUGUGAUUUUUCUGUGAUGCCUCGAUUGGUGCUAUUUAGGAUAGUUGUGGUAUGCUUGUUUCACCGGGGGCCUAGUCCACUGUCCGAAUCGAUCGAUUUGAGGGUCCCCGGUGUAUUUUGCUGUGUAAAUCUCGUAUGAUGGGUAUGUUUGUGUGGCCGGGAGUCUAGUCCACUGUCCAUAUCUUUCGAUAUGAGGGCUCCCGGUGUGGUUUUGGCCUAACAUUGACCCCGUUUGCUUGUGUACACUUUGUCCUUCGUUGUGUUUUGCAGGACCAUGGAGGUUUAUCUCGACCAGAUGAACAUCGUCCAGCGCCAUAAGCUGCGGAACCUCCGUGAUCGCAACAUCGCCGAGCACUUUCACCUCGAUUGGGAGGUGUUCGAGGAGCUUCAUGCCAGGCCACAGAUGAUGGCCGCGGUCCGCUCCCAGGCUUGGCGGCGUCUUCUCACCCUCGCCGAGCCGACCUACAAGGAGUUGGUUUGGGAUUUCUAUGCCACCUUCCACCACAACUCAAAGGGGAACUCCGACCAUGCUGAUGCAGUUCAGUUCACCCUCGGCGGGGUGGAGCACUCCCUCAGUUAUUGGGAGUUUGCCAAUGCCCUUCGGCUCAAUUCCCGAGCAACAGGCGGGCCGCCCCUACGUUUGGACCUCUCAGAUCCCACCGACUUCGCUUGCCAGGCGUACUUUCAGAGCAUUUGCCUGCCGGACAGUGUGGAUGAAGAGUACGUGGCCAGCCAGACGCGGGCUGCUCUCCUCCGUCCGGAGUGGCGGAUCCUCAACCACCCGAUGUGCACUUCUUACACACCCAGCCAGGGCUCGUCCAACCGGGUCACACUCCGGACUCUCUGGUUGUUGCAUGCGAUGGGUCGUUCUGAGGACACCAUCCAGCUGGGCUCUGUGCUUGCCCGGACGUUCACUAAGGCAGCCAUUAGCACGACUCGAAGCCUCGUUUGUGGCCCGGUGAUCACCGCCUUGGCCCGCAACUACGGGGUGGACUACACAGGGAUGACAUUGGUCCGCGGAGCAACCCCACUCGGCGAGCCUACUCUCCGCCACCAGCACUUGGUUGCUCGCCUCGGGCUUGUGCGCUGGAUCGCGGGCCUUCCUCAGCCACUUAUACCUGCCGAGGGCGACCAGGCCGAGUCGAGCGCCGCUGGUGGGUGCCGAGUUCCCCGUCGCGUUCCCCGUCGUGCCCAGGCUCCCGCGAGCCCCUCUCCUGCCCCCCGGUCUCCUUCUCCAGGGUCACCUCCUCCAGUGGUGGUGCCCAUCUCCGACCAGUUGGUGGCGAUCGCUCUGCAGAAUGAGCGCAUCAUGGCUGGCCAGGAGCGCAUCCACACCUGCCUUGAUCGUGAGCGGGACCGAGGGCGUUGUCUCAUGUCGAGGCAGCACUACAUCAUGUCCUACUUGGGCUUGGACCCGAACGCGGUCCACUACCCGUUCGUGCAGUCCCCAGGAUUUGAGGAUGAGUACCCUCCACCCACCGGCGAUGGUGGUGAUGCCUUCUAGAGCGGGUUUUGUGCUUUAUUUGUGUUCCAGACAGAGACUCCGUGUUUUGUGAUUUCGUUUUGUUUUGUUUUUUUAUCUUGGAUUGUAGACUUGGUACUCUGAUUCCUAUCACCAGUGUGUGUGUUUUUGUUGUCUCUAGCUCUGUGCCUCCUUCUUUUGACUGGUCCGCCAUCCAGUCAACGUUCCUGACCACUGUUUCACGGUAACAUCGUUCCCCUUCCCCUGCUCCAUUGAGGACAUUGUCGCGUUUAAGUGUGGGGGGGUUCUUUGUAUGAAUUGGAACAUAUAUAUGUGUGUGCUUGGAGCCUAGUCCACUGUCCAAAUCUUGAGAUUUGAGGGCUCCAAGCACGGCUGUUUGCUUGAUGAUUGAUCGUAUUGGCACUGUGGAUGUGAUUAGUGAAUUGAAUGGCUUUUGACUUGAUACAUGACAACUUGAGUGGGACUUAGACAACUUAUUGUGAUGACCGAGAUGUGCAGUAGAAUUGUGUAGGGGUUCAGUUUUUCAACUGUCUGCUCACCAAAUGUGACUUGGUUUGAUCACUUGCUUUUGACAGUCAUUUAUGCAUCUAGUUCAGGGAAUCAGAACGAGAGAUAGAGCAUAUAGGUAGCCAUGUGAGAUUUGAGCCUGCUCGUUUCUUUCUUGUGCGAUAGUUCCCUCUUCCAUGAUGUGCAGCAUUCACGUUGUCAUUAGCUAAGAUGAUGGAGGCAUAGGAUUAGCCCACGACCAAAUUGACUGUCCUGGUGUGUCAUACCCCUAGUCAGCCCCUUUGAGCCGUGUGUUUUCUUUCUUUCGGUCUUCAAUGAAAAGUCACCCUUUUGCAUCUUUUAGAAGGUUCCACAGAGUGAUUUUUACAUGUUCUCUGCUGUUUCUGCUAAAUGUAAUGUGAGGGUUGGAGGUAGUUGAUAGACCGUUAUUUACACAUGUUUUUACCCCUGUUCUUACACCGUUUGAGAUGUGAUUUCUCGUGUUUUAGGCCGAUUUCACGCUAGGUUGUGCUUGUUUGUCAUAUUUCAGGUCCUAGUACGUGAAUGAAGGCUUAGGAGCGAGUCUGGGGUCGAUUGGACGAAGAACGGACGAAUGGCGAGGUUUUUGGGAGCUGCACGGGCAGACCAGAGGGGCUGCACGGCCGUGCACGGUUGCAAGCUGGCCGUGCGCCUCAUGCCGAGGAACUGCACGGACAGGCCCUGAAGAUUGCACGGCCGUGCACCUGGCCGUGCAAGAAGCCUGAGUUCAAUUAAGGGAUACGCUGCGUUUCAUGGUGCACGGCCAGAAUGGUGAGGUGCACGGCCGUGCACCCUGGCCGUGCAACUCGGGAAAACCCGGUUUUAAAGCCUAAUCCGAGCCAGAAGUGAGUGAACAGUGUUUUUCAGAGCAAAAACAGAGCCCUAGAGAGAGAAAGUACGAAGAACACAUCCUAGAAGCUGUCUUAGAGCUGGAUUUCAUCGAAUCGAGCCUGGAGAUCGUCAUAGGAGUGAAAAUCAUCGUCCCGGAGCAGAUUAUCCUCAUCGUUAUGAGUAUGACUAAUCCGAUUCUUGUUUUCUCUUCUCUCUCUAUGGAGUAGAACCCUUCUCUCACUUGGGGAUGAAGAACCCUAGUUCUAUGUGUUAGGGAUUGAUUGUAAUGACUUGGGAUGAUAUUACUGUUUGGUUUUAAUCGAUUGAGACAUGCUUUAUUGAGUCAAUUGAAUCUUGAUCAAAUUCUCUUGAUUUCUGCUUUAACCUAUGAUAGAUAGAAUCUGAUUAGGUUAAGAGAGCUUCCUUGAUUGAUAGUGGUGAAUUGGUUGUGCGAGAGUCAAUCAAUUUACUGCUUUGUACUGGAAUCUAAUUCCAGUAGUGAAUUUCUGUUCUUACUGCUUCAGCUUUCUAUCCCGGUGAAGACUAGUCGUCUGCCGGGUAGUUAGACUGAGAGGGCUUGGUCAGCUUAAGAGAUUCCAAGCUACUGCCGGAUCUUCCGCAGUCUAAUCAACAGUAAAUCAACCC